UUUUGUUUUCGUAAUUUGCAAAGAAUUUUUUAAGAAAAUCGUUCAUUAAUUUCAAAGGAAGUGGUUAAUGAUUUCGGGAAAAUAAAAGAAAAAAGCGCAGAUGCGAUUUUCUCAUAUCUAAAAGGCAGGUUAAUUAAUGAUGUUGACACACAAAAGUUGUCAAGGAGGACGCAAAAAAAUACAGGUCUCCUUCGUAAUACGAGAUGCUGAAGAAAAACAACAUCGCAAUGGAGUUAACGCUUUACAGUUAGAUCCUAGCAAUGGCAAACUUUAUUCGGCGGGACGAGACGGCAUUAUUAGAGUAUGGAAUACAAGAAGUGAUUUCAACGAUAAAUAUAUACAAUCAAUGGAGCAUCACAAUGACUGGGUGAAUGACAUUGUUUUAUGCUGCAAUGGCAGAAAUUUGAUAAGUGCUAGCUGUGAUACAACUGUCAAAGUGUGGAAUGCCCACAAGGGAUUUUGUAUGUCCACGUUACGUACACAUCGUGAUUACGUUCAAGCUUUAGCCUACGCUAAAGAUAGAGAACAGGUCGCUAGUGCCGGUUUGGACAAAGCUAUUUUUUUAUGGGAUGUAAAUACAUUGACUGCUCUAACUGCUAGCAACAAUACGGUUACAACUUCUAGCUUGAAUGGCUCAAAAGAUUCAAUUUAUAGUUUAGCUAUGAAUCCAGCAGGUACCGUCAUCGUAAGCGGCUCCACGGAAAAUAUACUCAGAGUGUGGGAUCCUCGAACAAGUGUACGCAAUAUGAAGCUAAGGGGUCACACGGAGAAUGUCCGAGCUUUAGUGGUGUCACCAGAUGGCAAUCAAGUGGUUUCCGGUAGCUCGGACGGCACCAUUAAAAUAUGGAAUCUUGGGCAGCAACGCUGCGUUCAAACUAUUCACGUCCACAAAGAAGGAGUGUGGACUUUGUUGAUGAGUGAUAACUUUCAAUACAUUAUUUCGGGUAGUCGAGAUCGUAAUAUUAUUAUUACGGAACUUAGAAAUCCUACAAAUUCAAUAAUAGUAUGCGAAGAGAAAGCGCCAGUUUUAAGUUUGUGUUACAAUAUGGAUAGAACGGGGGUAUGGGCGACAACGUGGAACUCAGAUAUACGAUGCUGGAAAUUGCCUGUUUACGAGAAGAGUACUUUAAAUACAAAUAACAGUGUUGAUACUAUCUGGACGAAUUCUGAUAUCGAGCUAGCAUGUAUAAAAGGAGGAGCAGCGAUCAAGCGCUAUGCUGCUCUGAAUGACAAGCGUCACAUAAUUACAAAAGAUACUGACGACAGUGUUGCUAUUUACGACGUUCUAAGAGUAGUUAAAAAAGAGAGUCUUGGAAAAAUUGAUUUCGAAGAGGAGAUAAAAAAACGUAACAAGCAGGUCUACAUUCCGAAUUGGUUUACAGUCGAUUUAAAAACAGGUAUGCCUACAAUAGUUCUAGGACAGGAUGAAGUUGACUGUUUUUCAGCAUGGGUAUCUAUAGAAGCUGGUCUUCCAGAGUGCGCAGAUCCAACGGCAGAAAUUAAGAUUAAUUAUGGUAAGCUGCUAUUGGAAGCUUUACUAGAGUAUUGGAAUCCUCCCCAUGGUUUGCCACAGAAUGACAUCGAACCGGACAUUAGAGGAAAUGGUUACUUUCAAAUACCAAAGCAUACACCUGUUAUUUUCAGUGAAGUGGGGGGGCGUACAGUAUGUCGUCUGUUGGUGCGCGACGCUGCCGGUGAAAGUGAAAGCACUCUGCUGCACGAAACAGUUCCCCAGUGGGUAACUGAAGUCGUCAUCGAAAAGACUAAUCCAAAGUUUCUCAAAAUACCCUUUUUCUUACAACCUCAUCCUCAAAUGGUGAAACCAGAUAGGACGAAAAAGGAUCGUUUGGUAGCUAAUGAAUUUAUACAGUGCCGUAAGGUAUGUGAACAUGUCUUGGAGAAAGUAUUGGGUACUGAAACCACACCUAUAGGUGGAAAUGCUUCAAGCUCUUCGCAAAACAGCGAUGCCAACUCUGAGGGUUCCCAGGUACCAGCUGAAGAUAGAAUUGAAUUAUGGUGUAACGAUGUGAUGGUGGAUCCCAACAUGGAUCUACGAACGGUUAGACACUUUAUUUGGAAGCAGUCCACUGAUCUCACAUUCCAGUACAAAGCAAAGCCAAAUUUUUCGUACGAUGGAAAGCUCUGAAGCUCAGUCCAAACGUUUUGCCGCGAACAAAUAUUCCCUUUCAGCUGUUUAUGAUGUAUUUAAUCGUUCCCAGAAUGCUGAAGUACGAUGUUCAAAACACAAUGCACGAAGGAAAAUCGGAUUUUCGAAGGGCGUGUUUUUACAGUUUAUGAAUCGACUCUCAAGCAUAACAAACAGUUAAACAUUUUCUUGUACUUUUGCCAUUCACGUUAUGUUAAAAACUAGCAUCCAACAUGGAACGUCAUUUAUUGUCAAUAGCGGAAAUUAAAUUG